AAGAGCAAUUGGCCAAACUUUUCAGUUGGCAGUUGGUGACCUUGCAUGGUGUAAUCCAUCAGAGCCCGGUUUACCUGCUCCUGGAUUCGUGACACUUCCCUGCAACUCUCUAGUCCCUUGGCAUCUGAAAUGAAAGGUAAACACAAGUAAGGCAACACCAGUUUUGCACAAUGUAUGUGUUUUUUUUUUAUUAUUAUUAUUUUUUUAUAAAAUAGUCCUGUGCCCAAUUGGAAAUGUUUAGAACAGUGUGAUUCUAUUAUGUUAAAGUAACCCAAGUGUUAAACAAACCUAUUAACAUUAUUAGAAGGCAAUCCUCGAAUGGGGUAAACAAAAUCCACAGAACAUGUAUAAUUAAUCUUCAGCAUUGUUUGUCAGAUUUGGUCCUGGGUUCCAUUGUACUAUCUGGUUUGAUUCCAACACCAAAUCUGGAAUUGUUUCCUGCCUGUAAGUAGACAGCAAGCCAUGUGUACUGUGUUUUCUUUUAGUCUUAGGAAAAUUCAUAACUAAUUUUUCUCUUACAAAUUUUAAAUCCAUUCUUUGCCCGUUACUGCGUUCAUAUCUGUAUGCCCAUCAAAUGUUUGUUUUAAUAAUUUAACGCGGGGUAAUGAAUAAAGUAUGAAUUCCUAAUACGCUAAUGUUUCCUUAAAAUAAGAAUGGACAGUUUUAUUGAAUUCUACAGUAAUUGUAACUUUUAAUGCAGGAACCUUUGAAAUCCAUGCCAAGUUGACCGUUUGCAGGCUGGAACUGGUGCCUGACUGGUGACUUAAUUGGAAUAAAAACCAGAAGGUGCCGAACUAAGUUUGCCAGGUAACCUGACGGUAGAGGUGGUCAAUGACGAGAAGUUCACUCCAGCAGUUCUGUAAGAGCUUCAUCUGGUCCUCAACCUGAAAGGCACAAACGAAUCAUAGUGGAGCUUUCACAGGUCAGCAGGCCGUAGUGGUAUCCUGAAACUCUGUCCCCACAAACUGGGCAUAGCUCUCCUUCAGCGGCGUCCUGCUCACAUGCUGGGUCCAGAUAAAGACCUGCAAGGCAAACAGAGACGCUGGCCUGUUUCCUGGAUACCUUCUCAAAUAAAGUUGAAAACCUUCAAAAUGUCAACCUGGACCUUCUCGAGCAAGUAAAAGACCACAUGCAGAGCUCGGACAGGAAGGAGAAACAGAACAUGAUGGCAAUAAGAGAAGUCCAGAGGAACCUCUUGAAACUGCGCCACCGGCUGAACAUGCUGGAACUGGAGAAUGAUGAGGAGGAUGAGUUGGACAAUCGAAAAGCCAAAGAACAUGGGCUAAAUACCAGGCAUCACAAAUCCAGCAAAGGGCGAAACUUGAAAAGCUGGCGGCCGGCAUGGAUGAAGAAGACGUCAAAAAGCCCAAUGAAAGAGAAAGACAUGGAAGGAGAUGGCAAGAAAAGAACUUCCAGGGAACAGACAUCUGAGGAAGGACCUAGCAGCAUUCCUAAAGAAGUCUUUGGAACAAGUGGAGACCCUUCAAAAAACCAACCUGAUGCUCUUCAAUCAAAUGUCUGACCAUAUGGCCUCUGCAGAGAAGAGGGAGAAGCUCAACACAAAGCUGCUUAAAACGAUUCAGCUCAACAUGCAGAAUCUGGACCAGAGGCUGAAGAGGCUGGAAGAGGAGAAUGGUGAAGAGGAGAGGAACAGCACCCAAAAGACGGAAGAGAUGUUCAUGGAGAUGAAUGGCUACGAGAAGCGCUGUAUGGAGGACCUGCACAGCGUGAAGGAGCAGCUCCGUCUGAGGCAGGAGCAGCUGAGUCACAAAGUCGGCCUCAUAAAAGACAAAGAGCAAGAGCUGGAAAAGGCUGGCCAGCGGCUGCACCGCACAGAACUGGAGGCCAGAUCUCUGGAAGAACUACUCAAACACGAAAGAGUGAAAAACAUGGAGACCCUCGAAGACCUGGAGGCCGCCUGUCAGGAGGCAAAGAAGCAGCUGCUGAAAAGUGAGAGCAAAAGCAAAAAUCUGGGCGAGAAAAUCGAGGACAUGCAGUACUUAUAUAGCGGCCUCCAAAGGGACGUUGCCUCCCUGGAAGAAAGCAUUAAGGAGAGCACCUGUAAAGCACAGAAUAUUAAGGGCAUCGACUGCACCCUCAUGAAAGGCAAAAAGGAGCCUAGGGGUCCGAAGGAGGACAAAGAGGCAGGCCUUCGAGGUCUUGAGGAACUGAAGGGUGAGAUGAGGCUUCUCGAGAAGACAAGCAAAACAAAAUGAUGUGACGGAGUUGAUGUGGCAGAGCCGGAUUUCUCAAAUGGUAUGGGGGAACCAUUGUAAAAAUUUAAAUAUACGAGGGUGAGUCAAAUGAAAAACCUUAAAAUUGUGAUAGAAGUUCUAAACACUGUACCAUUGUCAUCGUUAGAAAUGAUAUUAAGAGUGUCCAGUAGGUGGGAGUAGGGUGCAAGAUGAGCUACGUGAUGUCAUAGUAGCAGUAUAAAGAUGGCAGCACUACUGGAGAGAUUCAUCAAAGAGGAGCAGCGUUCGGUCAUCCGCAUUUUGAGCAGUGAAAAGAUGAAACCUGUCAAAGUUUGUUGAUGAAUCCAGAGUUAGAGGUGUCUUGUGGCAAUGUCAUAAUGCUCAGCCCCAUUCUGCCCUCAUAACGAUUGCAACCACGGACGAGUCGAACUUUGAGUGUCUUCCACAUCGGCCAUACCCUCCAGACCUCACCCCGGA